GGUAUUGGUACUUGCUUAAUCAGGGACUUGGAGGGAUAUUAUUUUCCGAUUGUUGGAUGAAUGUGAGUGGUUUCUGUAAAUCAUAAUUGAUGAGGACGUUUUGAAGAUCGACCUGCAUCAACUUGCUCUCAUCUCAAUUCUCAUGCUGAGAUAGCUGACUACUGCAAUAAAAAAACCAGUAGCUCCACUAGGCUAUAGAGAUUGUCUGGAAGAGGGAAGAACCUAGCUUAUUGCGGUUCACUUAGAAGGCCCCCCCAUAGCAUGAAUGGGUUGAUUGGAUUGUUCAAAGCUGAAUGAAUGAUUUUGGUGUAACUUUUAGACAUUCAGAUGCUUUGAACCAUAACCAUCAUCUCAGGUGUUGGCUAAAAAGUUGUGGCUAUAACAUUUGCUUUAAGCUUGAUGUGGGUUGUUUCCUGUACUGUCUCCAUCUUCAUCCCCUUCCUUUUUCUACUUUCCUAACCUUCUGGCUGGUCCAGAUUGGACUGCUCAAUGUGCCAAACCGCGAGCCGAUUCAGUUGGCUCGUCACCAAAGGUUUUGAGCAGCGAGAAUGUAGUCUAGUGACCAUUUUUGCAGUCGAUCUUGUGAAGGGACAUAAUGGAUCCCAUAGAUAGGUACAUGGCAAUGUGGCAUGGGAAGGUUCAUGACACAGAAAUUGGAGGACACUUGGCCAUGAAACUCGCAUUAUGAUUGAACUUUUUGUGAAGACAGGAUGAGACUGGAGGACCGUGAUCGAGCGUGGCCAAUAUCAGACUCCCCUCAGAUGGUAGGGUCGUCCCUAAAUUAGCAACAUGAUGGUUUCCUAACCCUUGUUUGCAAAUUGGCUUUGGCUGCCUUCUUCCAGAGUCCCCACCAGAGCAAUAAUUAUUCACUACCGGACAUGGAAACUCUGAGCAUUGAGCAGUAACUUGUCUAGCUAGCCAGCGAAUUGCAGUAAGGUUUCCUACUGUACAUCUCUCUCUCUGAUCAUUGAACAGCCCAAAUGGAUGGGCGGACGAUUUGGCCCAAAACAGAAGGUGGUGGUUCCAGCUCGUCAAGAAAUGGGCAAAGGCAUGGCGGGCGGGCGGCCACAUAGCUCCAGCUCACCCACCUUGUCCGCCUACUACUGCAUCUUAUCACAGACCAAAGAGUUAAAUCACAGUCAGUUCUAUCUUCUUCUUCUUCCUGAAAGCUUCUUCAUUGAAUGCCUCUGUCUUCAUCAGCUUCAUCAUUUUCCUACUCUGCAUUUUCCCUGUUCUCUUUCUGGUAAACCCCAGAAACAGAAAUUCUUCCCAACCCAAUCUCCCACCCGUGUGCAAAAUCCUUUCUUUCCCACGGCGCCAGCAUCCCUUAUCAGCUUGUAAAUGCCGGCCGGCGGCGGGGCGGUCUCUGCCAACGGUGGAUAAUUUGGAGAUAAGAAACCGACAAAUGUACAGAGAUAAUUCUAAUGGCAGGCACCACAUGUGAUGGAGGGGAAGUUUGUCCUCUUUCUUUUUGCCGCUUAACCCCCAAUCAUCUCGAAUUCCCUUCUCUGAGCUCUCACAUCGCCGCCUGCUUUUCUGCUCUGCUCUGUUCAGUCACUGUCCAAAGUUCCCACCAGCUCCUCUAGGCUCCACUCUCCCUCCUUCUCCCCCAUAAACCCUGUUUGUUUGGUUUUUUCACCUUGGCUUACCAGCAAAAAGCAUUAUGUGGGACUCCGAGAGUGAAACCGGCGGCGGCGGCGGCCGGGAUUAUGGCAAUGGAGCUAUUUCCUCCACCAAACACGCCCUCCAGACUGAUGGGUUCGAGCUCAGAGACCGUUCCUGGUAUGUUGCUACUGAUAUCCCGAGUGAUUUCCUGGUCCAAAUUGAAGGCGUUCAGUUCCACCUCCACAAGUACCCUUUACUAUCCAGGAGCGGGAAAAUGAACAGACUGAUCUACGAAUCGAGGGAGGCAGCAGAGGUGAACAAGGUUGUUCUCGACGAUCUCCCCGGCGGCCCCGACGCAUUCGAGCUCGCGGCCAAGUUCUGCUACGGAAUCGCUGUCGAUCUAACCGCAUCCAACAUUUCGGGGCUAAGGUGCGCGGCAGAGUACAUGGAAAUGACAGAGGAUUUGGAGGAAGGCAACCUCAUCUUCAAAACCGAAGCAUUCCUCAGCUACGUGGUUCUGUCCUCAUGGAGAGACUCCAUCGUCGUGCUCAAGAACUGCGAGAAGCUGUCACCGUGGGCAGAGAAUCUCCAGAUCGUGAGGCGAUGCAGCGAAUCGAUCGCGUGGAAGGCUUGUGCUAAUCCGAAAGGGAUCAGGUGGGCUUACACUGGGAAAGUUCCCCCUAAGGUCUCCAGCCCCAAAUGGACUGAUAGCUCGUCGAGUCCUAGUCGAAACCAGCAGCCGGUUCCUCCCGAUUGGUGGUUCGAAGACGUGUCGAUCCUCAGGACGGACCAUUUUGUCAGGGUGAUCACCGCGAUUAAAGUGAAAGGGAUGAGAUUUGAACUAAUUGGUGCUGCAAUCAUGCACUAUGCUACGAAAUGGCUCCCUGGGAUGAUCAAAGAUGGAGGUGGCAUUCAUGAAGGAAGCAACAACAGUGAUUUUAGUGGCAGUGGAGGUAGCUACAACAACAACAGCAGCAGCGGCAGCAGCAAUUGGAAAGGCGGGCUGCACAUGAUCAUCGCAGGAGGAACUACUACGACGAACAAGGACGAUCCCCUCGCUCCCUCGGUGCAGAGCAAGGACCAGAGGAUGAUUGUUGAGAGCUUGAUCAGCAUCAUCCCGCCGCAGAAGGACAGUGUCUCUUGCAGCUUCCUUCUCAAGCUUCUGAGGAUGGCGAACAUGCUGCGAGUUGCGCCUGCUCUGGUGACCGAAUUGGAGAAGCGAGUCGGUAUGCAGUUCGAGCAGGCUACAUUGGCAGACCUGUUGAUCCCUAGCUACAACAACAACAAUGUCCGCGGCGGCGGUGGGGAUUCGACUGGUCCUACGACUACGAUGACGACAAUGUACGAUGUCGAUCUCGUGCAGAGGCUGUUGGAGCAUUUCCUUGUGCAGGAGCAGACUGCAGAGAGCUCUAGUCCUAGCAGGCAAUCGUUCUCUGAGAAGCAUGGCAAUAUGUAUGAUGGAAUGGCGGCUCAAAGAGGUGGUGGUAAUAAUCAUCCUAGUGCGAAGAUGAGAGUGGCGAGGCUUGUGGAUAGCUAUCUUACAGAGGUUGCUCGAGACAGAAACCUGUCACUGACUAAGUUUCAGGUUCUGGCUGAAGCUCUGCCUGAAUCCGCGAGGACUUGUGACGAUGGACUUUACCGGGCCAUUGAUUCUUACCUCAAGGCGCACCCGACGCUGUCAGAGCACGAGAGGAAGCGCCUGUGCAGGGUAAUGGACUGCCAGAAGCUCUCCAUCGACGCCUGCAUGCACGCCGCGCAGAACGAGCGCCUCCCGCUCCGAAUCGUGGUUCAAGUCCUCUUCUCCGAGCAAGUCAAAAUCAGCAAUGCCAUAGCCCACAACAACCACAGCAGCCUCAAGGAAACAGGGGACUCUGUAGCGGCGGCCGGUUUCUACCAACCCAUGGUGCCCAACAGGAAGACUCUGCUGGAGGGGACGCCGCAGUCUUUUCAAGAAGGUUGGUCGGCGGCGAAGAAGGACAUCAACACGUUGAAGUUCGAGCUGGAGACGGUGAAGGCCAAGUACAUGGAGCUGCAGGGGGAGCUGGAGAGCCUGCAGAGGCAGUUCGAGAAGGCGACCGCGGCGGCCGGUGGCGGCGGCGGCGGUGGUGGGAAGAAGCAUGGGUCGUCGGCGUGGGCGGUUGGUUGGAGGAAGUUGAGUAUGUUUGGUAAGGGUGGGGGAUUGGAUGGAAGUGAUCACGGCGGCGAUCAUCAUCAUCAUCAUCGGGGGGCAGGGGAGGGGCAGGGGAGCAGCCGGAAGACGCCGGCGAGGCGGUGGAGGAACUCCAUUUCUUGAUGAUUUUGCAAGAGAGUGUUUGCUUGAUAUGUUGUUGUGGUUAAUGUUUUUCUUUCUUGCACAUCUUAUUUAUCUAUUAUUUGUCUAUUAUUUUUUUUAACUUCUAUCGCUUAUAUUUUAUUUCGAAAAUUUCGUUGAUGGAUUUUAAUUUCGAGAGACGAUAAAUGUUUGAUUUAUAACUAGCCAUAGUCGUAAGUGUGAUCUGUUCAGAUUUUAGAAGCAAUGUGGCAUCAUCGAAAAUUAAUAAGAUGAAUUCUUUCAUAAAAUACUUGUUCAGGUGUAUGUAUGAAACAACUUUGAAACUCGUUUAGAAGGAGUCGAAAGUAGUGGUUGUCAAGGAAGAAAAGAGGAAUUGACCUAGCUAGCUUACUGAGGAUGACUUAGAAGGCCCCUUGAAAGCAUGAAUGGGUAAUUGAUUGGAUUGUUCAAAGCUAAAUGAAUGAUAUGGUACAAUUUUUAGGAUUUGGAUGCUUUGAACCAUAACCAUCAUCUCAGGUGUUGGGCAAAAGUUGGCUACAUCAUUUGCUUUAAGCUUUUGAUGUUCUUGUUUCAUUUAGUUUGUUCAUCUUCAUUCAUAGGAAUGAGAAUUGAGUGAGUCAUUCGUCAGACCCAUUCAAAACCACUCAAUUAAAAUUGAUUAAUCAAUGAUCGGAUGGGUGUAGAUCGCUUCCAAAUAGAUCCACCAUAAUUUAGGUGUAUGCAGGUUUACCCGUCAAAACUGGCAACCCAUCCGCGUCAUAUAUCUCCAUUCGAUGAAAUCUUUGAUUUUAACGAAGAUCUCUCUUGUUUCUUUUUAUGUUCACCUCCAAUUCGAUUUAGAAAUAUUAUAGUUGAUUCUUCUAAAUCAACUCAAGAGAAAAAUAAAGCAUAUGUAACCCAAGAUGUUCCCUACUAAUUCAAUCUAUGCCUCCAUUUUAGGUGACACUAAUUUAACCUUUAAUGAUCUAACACUUCCACCCACCUUUUCCAAAGAGAAAACAAAAGUACUUGAAGCAAUUCAAAAGAUGUUUUGAUUACCAUGAUCGAUCAUCAAAGCCUUCAUUAUCAACCCCCAAGAUUUCUUGUUGCCUUAGAUCAAACAAAAUAUCCUUAGGGGCCUUGAUUCACAUCUAUCUUUGCUCAAAAUUUGGAAGUUCAACUCUUUAGAAACUGUUUGGUCCAAAUAAUUUGAACAAGAAGCCUAUUUCGAAUAUACGAUCACUCAAUAACAGAAGGCUCUGAUACCAUGUUAUAAAUCAGUUGGUUCCAAUAACUCGAGUUUUUUGGAAAAAAUUAUUAUGAAUCUUAUACCACUCUCUUACACGCCUUCUCGGAUGAAAGCCAAUUCACAACUUGAAGUUUGCACUGGCCCACCAUACCUUGUGCUUUAAUCAACUGUUAAUAUUGGAGGUCGUGGAGAUUCGAACACACGACCAGUUAAAAGCCAGCUACUCACAAUUCACAAUAACUCGAGUUGUUGGGAGAAGAUUAUUAUUAAUCUUAUACCACUCUCUUACAUAUGGAGGUGAUUGAGAUUCAUCCCUGAAUCACUUCCAGCCACUCGAGUUAUUGGAACAAAGCGAUUUAUAACAGAUAGUUACAUGGGUGAUAAGAUGGAGAGAUUGGGGGACACUUGGCCACCGGCCUUUCCUUUUGGUUCCUUAUAUAACUCUUUUUCUGAAGACUUUACAGCGUGUACGUAUGGUGCAUACAUAUGUUUAAAGAACACACGUCCUUCCUUUGCCAUCCCACAUGCUCCACCUCCAUUAAUAUUGCACUUCAUUAUUGAUACUAACUAGCUAGAGAGUAAUCCCCAACUAGUAUGUAUCAAAAAAUUCCCAACUAGUAAGGGCAUGUUCUUAAAGUGGUAUUAUCUUAGGUGUCAUUGUGACCAUGAUAUAUAUGGAUGUGAUAUACCAAUAUGGGAAUAGGAUGUUUGAUUUUAAGUCGGUUUAACAAGUGUACACUAUUCUGUGCGCUCUUCGUUUGGUGUAAUAAUAUGAGUACUUAAAG